AUGGUUCGUUACGUGUUUUGCUUUCGAGGGUCACGGUUCAGUGCAUGUUGCCAGUGCAGCGUGCGGAAAUAUACCUGUGCCAACCUGGUUGCUAACAGGAAGCGUGAUGUCGUGUUGAGUGAGCCGGCCAUCCAGGUGCGGCGUAAAGGGAAAGGGAAGCAGAUCUGGGCUCUGGAGAAGAUGGAGAACAGGCUGGUGGACAUGAGGGAGCUCUACCAGGAGUGGAAGGACUUUGACGAAGAUAACGCUGUGAUGCGGUCCUACUUCAAACGUGCCGACCCGUUCUUCGACGAGCAGGAGAACCACUCUCUGAUCGGCGUGGCUAACGUCUUCCUGGCAUGCCUGUUCUACGACGUCAAGCUGCAGUACGCAGUGCCCAUCAUCAACCAGAAGGGAGAGGUUGCAGGCCGGCUGCAUGUGGAGGUGAGGCCGGGAACAGAGAGCUCUGAGGAGGACGCUGCAGGACAGAGCAACUCAGACGGAGACACACAGGACCGCAAACUGGACUGUGUGGUGAAAAUCCUCCAGGCCAACGGUCUGCCUCGCCACCUGUCCAACUUUGUCUUCUGCCAGUAUCACUUCUGGGGGCAGCAGGAGUCGGUGUUCAUCGCUCCAGAGAUGCAGCCGUCCAGCUCGCCUGCAGAGUCCAGAGACCCUCAGUGCACGGUGGUCUUCGACAGCGCCAGGGAGUUUUCGGUGUCAGUGUCGGAGGAUUUUGUGGAGUUCUUGGCUGAUGGGGCUGUGGCCAUCGAGGUGUACGGACACAAGCAGGCCAACCACCGCAGGAACCUGGCUCUGUGGGACCUGGGAGUGAUUCAAGCCAAAACCAGAACCCUCAGAGACAGGUGGAGCGAGGCGACCCGCCACCUGGAGCUGUGGGUGCAGCUGAUGGAGCUGAAUGAGGCCGGACAGUUCACCCCUGUGGAGGUUCUCCCCGCUAAAGACGUCCACACGGGGGGGGUCUUCCAGCUCAGACAGGGCCAGUCUCGCCGGGUCCAAGUGGAGGUGCGUCCAGUACCAGAAUCUGGCACCAUGCCCCUCAUCGCCGCCUCCAUCCUCUCUGUGUCCAUCGGAGACGUCAAGAUCCGACAGACCCGGGUCUCCAGAGGCAGUGAAUCACAUUGGGGUGGGGAUGAAGAGAUGGACAGCUACCAGGAGGCAGAUCUGGAGAGGUUGAGGGAACAGUGGCUGGUGACGCUCACUCAGAGACAGGAGUAUCUGGACCAGCAGCUGCAGAAGAUAGUUUCCAAACCAGAUAAGUCGGAGGAUGAUGUUGAGAGGGAGUCUCAGCUGCUGGAGUGUCGUCUGACGCUCACCGAAGAACGCAACGCUGUCCUGGUGCCGUCGGCCGGCAGCGGCAUCCCCGGAGCGCCGGUGGAGAGGGUUCCUGUUUCUGGGAUGGAAACACACAUUCCUGUCCUGUUCCUGGAUCUCAGCGCUGAUGAUUUCCAGUCUAGUCUAUCUGCUCCGUUGGCCGGGGGGCUGGAUGCCCUCCUCAGUGGGGAGGAGGAGGACGACUUCUUUGACCUCCAUAUUGUUAAACACUUUGAUCCAGAGGUGAAGGUGGAGGCCUCCUGGGACUCGACGGUGCACGAGUGUCCCCAGCUGAGCCGCGUGGCGCCGGUCGAUCAGAGGGUGUACCUGACGGUCAGCACGGUGGUGCAGCUCAGCCACCCCGCCCACAUGCAGCUGGUGCUCAGGAAACGCAUCUGUGUCAACGUCACCGGAAGACAGGGUUUCGCUCAGAGUCUGCUGAAGAGGAUGUCUCAGCGCAGCGCCAUCCCCGGCUGUGGAGUCACGUUUGAAAUAGUUUCUAACAUCCCAGGGGACAUCCAUGGUCCAGAGGACAGAGAGAUGUUGGCCCGGCUUGCUGCCAGCACCGAGGACGACCAAUCAGCUGACAGUGAGGCGGCCAUAGAGAAGUAUCUGCGCAGCGUCCUGGCUGUGGAGAACGUCCUGACUCUGGACAGACUCAGACAGGAGGUGGCUGUAAAGGAACAGCUGGCAGUCCGAGGGAAAGCUCCCAGACGCUGCCUGAGCUCUCCAAACAUCCACCGACUGUCAGCCAGCAGUCUGGAUCUCUACUCCUCCACUCAUAGGCUCAAUGACUUUAAGGGCUGGGAGAGCCACCAGGACCUCUCCUAUGUCCCGCCUCCAUCCAGACGCACUCUGCCCAGCUCCAUAUCCCAGACCCUGAACCCAGACACAGUGCAUCCAGGCUUUGCUGAGUCUUAUCUCUCUCCAGUGAAGGCUGUUCCAAAGCUGCUGAAGUCCCUGCUUCCUGGUGGCAGAGCAGCUGGUAAAGAGCAGACGGCUGUCCAUCAGCAGGUGUUCUGUCCUGAUCCAGAGAGGGAUAGGAUAGCUGUGUUUGACAUGCUCUCUGAUGGUAGACAUGUUGUCCAUAGUUUGCCUCGCAUCCUGGUGCAGUCAGCCAGUGUUGAAGAGGGCAUGAGCAAACACCAGCAGCCGGUUCCCAUUGAGGCAAUCAUUCCUGACCUCCAAACAGAGAGCCCCAGAUCCAAGCCCCUCCCACCGCCAAUCCUCCCGGAGACAGAAGACUCCCUCCCCAGCCCGACCAGCGAAUCAUCGAGCGGUUACAUUUCAACAAGCAUGUCUACAGCAACGCUAGCAGAUGUCUACACCCUGAGCUGGGACCUGCCUCCCUCUGACGUCAUGGAGGCGCUGCCAGAUGAAGAGGAUGAAGAGAACGGAGUGACACAUUACAACCCUUACCCUGAGUCAAUCUUUCGUAAGGAUCAAUCAGAGCCUCAGGAGUCAUUUCUGGUGUUGGACUAUGAGGCAGCUCAAGAGAGGCCUGACUCGCCACCGUCCAAACCAUACGUUACUCCGUCAGAUUCAAACCUGAGUCAACAAGAACCAAAUGAGUCUCCAUCGGUCCAGGAGCAAAAUGAGUCUGAUUCAGUUGCAGAAUCACACUUAUUACAAGAGUCAACAGUUGAUAAUGUUGCAUCAGAACAAUUAGACCAUUUUGAGCCACUUGAAGAUUCAAUGCUAGUAGAAGAGAAUGAAACAAAACAGACAGAAAUUCCAGAAACGGAAGACCCAAAACCAGAACCUCCUUCAACAGAAGAACUCGAGUUAGCUACAACCGACGAGACAGAAGCUGAACAGUCACUCCACCAUGAAACACAACUAUCUGCACCAGAAGCUCAGUCUGAAACAAUUGUUCAAGACCAAACAAUCUGCGACACUUCUGAAGAUCCAACCCCAAAACUGGUCCCAGCUGUGUCAGAAGUCCUGGUUUCAGUUUCUGCCCCAUCAGAAGAUUUGGUUCUUCUUGCUUCAUCCCAAGAACUGUCACCCCACCAUGAAACACAACAAUCUUCAAAAAAGGGUCCGUCUGAACCAGCCGUCCAAGACCAAACAACCUGCAACAGUGUCCAAGAUCCAAGCAAAAUCCUGGUCCCAGCUGUGUCAGAAGUCCUGGUUCCAGUUCCUGCCUCAUCAGUAGAUUUGGUUCUUCUUGCAUCCUCCCAAGAACUGUCACCCCAGCAUGAAAUACAACAAUCUGCAAAAAAGGGUCCGUCUGAACCAGCCGUCCAAGACCAAACGACCUGCGACAGUGUCCAAGAUCCAACCGAAUACCUGGUCCCAGCUGUUCUAGAAGUCCCGGUUCCAGCUCCUGCCUUAUCAGAAGAUUUGUUUUCGGCCUCAUCCCAAGAACAAGCCACCACUGAGGCCUCAAACCUAAAAGACAGCUCUGUCCCAACUUCUUCCUCAACCACAGAUGACGUCCAAGAGGAAGAACCUGUCGAUGCGUCCAAUAAAACUUCCUCAGCAGAUUCUCUGUCUAACGUUCAGCCUUCCAAACCUGAUACCGCUGUUGCAAACCCCUUCAAGAUCAAGAAGGUGAAAUCUUCAGACCUCAAGUCCUUUCAGCGUAUUGUGGGAGAGGAGGAGGAUCAGCUUGGGCAGAUGGACCGGGCCAGCAGCCUCGGAGCAGGACUAAACCUCUCUGUGCCCAUGGAAACCCUGGAAAUCAUCUCAGACUCCGAGGAAGGAGAUGCAACGGCAGUUCUUCCUGACUGGUUGAAAGAAGGGGAGUUUGUGACCGUGGGGAACAAUAAGAACGGCACCGUGCGCUACCUUGGACCCACAGAUUUUGCAGUGGGAACCUGGGUGGGAGUGGAACUGGAGGUACCGGCAGGAAAAAAUGACGGUUCAGUGGGCGGCAAACACUACUUCCACUGUAACCCUGGUUACGGCGUGCUGGUUAGGCCGCACAGGGUCAACCGGGGUGCCGGCAAGCGCCGCCACAAACAACAGAAGCGCCGCAGUGCCAACCUGUCCGGAUCCAGCCCAAACCUGGCAGCCCUCACCGUGUUGGCUAAAGGUGAAGGGGGGGUGGCAUCAGCCGGCCGCAGCAGGGGAGAGAACCGCAAGUCGUGGAACACUUAGGAGGUUCUAAACCUGCCGAACGGCUCGAUGCUGGACCCCCACAUGCAGCAGAUGGUUGUUUAAGUGUUGGCAUGUGACCCCUCAUCAGAUUUUAAUGGUUCAUCUAUUGAAAGAUUAUCCUAGCCAAUGGACUUGUUUUAUGGUUAAAUGGAUAUAUUUUAUCAGACAAUUUGAAUGUUUUUAGGUAUGUAGAUUCCAGUAACAACCUUUUCUAUGCAAUUAUAAUAAUUUGUAAUCGUGGCUGUCUCACUUGAAUGGAUUAAUCUUAGUCCCAGCUCAGAAUCAGCAGUUUUCCAUUCCAUGUUUUGCCACAUGCCUGGCAUUGCAAAUAUGGUUAAAUGUAUCCAAAGUUCACUUGAUUACUGUACACUGUAAGACUCCAGGUAACACUACUUCUUCAUGUGCUCACAUUUCUACUGUUCAAGACUCAUUAUGCAGCUGCAUGUUUGGAUAGACUUCAAAGUGUUGCACAUGGUUUUAUACCUAUUGGUUUUUCUUUUUUUAAUUAUUGUGCCUUGAAAUAUUAUGACUACUAUGAUGCCUAUGUGCCUUAGUGUUAAAUCACCAGUGCUGAUAGGUUGGAAAUUGUCAAACCAGAGCUUAUUACAGCUCUUGAAUGUGUAUUUCUACUGUUUUAGAACAAAGAAUACUUGCACUGCCUUUUAAACAAUUCUACUGAAAAUGUGCAACAAUGUUAAUCAUUUUUUUUCUAAGUGUGUCAAGAUCGAAUGAAAGUGGCUUCAUUUUGGAGAUGUGUGCCAGUUUUUGGGGAUUUAUUUUAGACUAGUACGUUUUUAAUUACAAUGUGUGUAUGGGAAUACUUGAGGGAUUUUGUUGAACGCAGAGUAUUAAUUGUUUUGGGUAAGUACAAUAUUUUAUAUUAUGCCUGAAAGAUUAUUUAUUUAAAAAUGAAGACAUACAACUGAUGCUAAAAGCGAAAUUCUCUUUUAUAUUGUUGAAUAAACUUAAUUCUGCCCU